AUGACUAAUCAAAAUUUUUAUAAAAAUCAAAUUAGUGCAAGAAGCUCACCAAGUGUAUACGAAAUUGAUUUCCCAGGGUUUGUUCCAAUUUCUAAAAAAAAUUAUGGUAGUGAUUCAGAUACAAGUAAUUUAACAAGUACAGGAAUGACAUUCCCAUCACCACCUUUAUCACCAAAAUUAAAUAAUCUGGAUAGUGAAAGGGAUGAAAGAAAACUUUCACUUAAUUUAAAUUCAAGUAGAAAAAAUUCAAAUAGAAUUAAAAAAGAUUUAUUAGUUAAACCUGUUUGGGAAAAUAAUACAACAACAAAACAAUAUAUUCAUUCAACAAGAAAAUUUUUACAAGAAUAUAAAUUUUCUAAUAAUUAUAGAAAUAAUAUUUUAGAAUCAAAUAAAUUUGAAACAAUACCACCUCAAUAUAUGUUAAAGACAAGAAAAAAUAAAAUGUUAUCACCUAGUGGUACGGAAGGUAUCAUUCCUUUAAGAGUAAUGGCAUUACAACAACAACAUCAUCAUCAUACAAAUAAAAAUAGAUCGACUAAAAGAAUACGUUCUUCUACAGGUUAUAGUCAUGCUAAUACUCAAAGACCAAUUGCAAGUGCAAUCAAUCAUGCUCAACAUUUAGCUUCUUCAAUUGCGGUAACAGAGGUACCACAAUAUGUUCCAAAUAUGUCAUGGAGUAAAUUAAAAGACUAUUCUCCUUCUUUAACUUCUAUUCCAAAGGAUAAUUUAAAAGCUUUAAAAAUUGAAUGGAAAGGUUCACCAAUGGAUUUAUCAAGAGAUCCAUUAAAAGAUCAUUUACAUCCAGCUGAAUUAGUACUUGCUCAAAUAUUAAGAUUACCAUGUGAUUUAUAUUUAGAUUCAAAGAGAAGAUUAUUUUUAGAAAAAGUGUACAGGUUAAAGAAAGGUAUGCCAUUUAGAAGAACUGAUGCUCAAAAAGCUUGUAGAAUUGAUGUAAACAAGGCUUCAAGAUUAUUUGCGGCUUUUGAAAAAGUAGGUUGGUUAAGAGAUUCAAAUUUUACAAAAUAUCUAUAA